AACUCACAAGCCUAUAAAAUGUGACUUGGCUCCCAGUGCCCUUCUCCUUAAGCAAAAUCAAAAACAAGAGGCUGUACAGAGGAGAAACAGGAUGCUGUUCUACUCCAAGGUAGCUCUCCUGAUGUGUCUGUCACAGCAUUUCUAACAGUUGGAACAGCAUAGCCAAAGAUUUUUUGCGACAGAGCUCUCCUUUCCAGUACCUGCUGUACUACCUUACUUCCCCUUUUCUUCCUUCCCUCUUCUUAUCUGUUGGUGGGGGUUUUGGAGGGUUGGGAGAGGGAGGUGGGAAAGGUACAUCAUUCCUGGAAGAGAGGAAAGAAACACCCAAGAUGACUUCGGUCCCCACAGCCAAGUGGAACAUGACCAUAAGCAGCAGGUGGAAUGUAAGCCUUGCUGAAGCAGGAAAUCCCUGGGGACAGGCUCUGGAAGCACCAGCUGCAAAUGCUUCUGCCCCUGUAGCCUCCUCAGCAGGCAACUUCUCCAAUCAGUUCGUGCAACCUUCUUGGCGCAUUGCCCUGUGGUCUCUGGCGUACGGUGGUGUGGUGGCAGUGGCCGUUUUUGGAAAUCUUAUUGUCAUCUGGAUUAUCCUGGCUCACAAGCGCAUGAGGACGGUGACAAAUUACUUCCUGGUGAAUCUGGCCUUCUCUGAUGCCUCCAUGGCUGCUUUCAAUACUCUCAUCAACUUCAUCUAUGCUCUGCACAGCGAGUGGUAUUUUGGAGAGGCUUACUGCCGCUUCCACAACUUCUUCCCAAUCACAGCUGUCUUCGCCAGCAUCUACUCCAUGACAGCCAUCGCUGUGGACAGAUAUAUGGCCAUUAUUGAUCCCUUGAAACCUAGGCUCUCUGCAACUGCUACCAAGGUGGUCAUUGGGAGCAUAUGGAUUUUGGCAUUCCUGUUAGCCUUUCCCCAGUGCCUAUACUCCAUAACCAAGGUGAUGCCUGGAAGAACUCUCUGCUAUGUAGCAUGGCCAGGUGGCCCAAAACAGCAUUUUACGUAUCAUAUUAUUGUGAUUGUGCUGGUCUACUGCUUCCCACUGCUUGUCAUGGGCAUCACUUAUUCCAUGGUGGGAAUUACCCUCUGGGGAGGAGAAAUACCAGGCGACACAUCCAACAAAUAUCAUGAGCAGCUGAAAGCCAAGAGAAAGGUGGUAAAAAUGAUGAUUGUGGUUGUGCUGACAUUUGCCGUCUGCUGGCUGCCCUACCACAUUUACUUCAUAGUUACUGGGAUCUAUCAACAAUUAAAUCGGUGGAAAUAUAUUCAGCAAAUCUAUUUAGCCAGCUUUUGGCUUGCCAUGAGCUCUACAAUGUACAAUCCCAUUAUCUACUGCUGUCUUAAUAAGAGGUUCCGAGCUGGCUUCAAGCGAGCUUUCCGCUGGUGCCCCUUCAUUGAGGUGUCCAGCUAUGACGAGCUGGAGCUAAAGGCAGCCAGGUUCCACCCCACCCGGCAGAGCAGCCUCUACGCGGUGUCCAGGAUGGACUCCAGCAUGACGGUGGUGCUCGACACUAACGAUGGAGACAGCACGCAUGCCAGCCAUAAGAAAAGAACAGCUCCAAGGGACCUGAACUUCAAUGGUUGCUCACAGAGGAAUUCCAAGACUGUCUCCAUGGCCUCAAGUCUCAUCAGUUCACUACACGCAUCAGCAGAUGUUUAUUCCUAA